CAUUGCUUCAUGCGCAAAAGGAGAAGUGAAAACACUCUGCAACAAUUGACAACAUACAUUUUUUAUCGAAAACGAUUAUCCGUUCAUCUUCCUUCACGAUUUUCGUAUCAAAAGCCAUGUUAAUCCUAUGGGGAUUGUUAAUCUUUGCCUGCCUCUCUCUAAUCCUGGCCGUACGUUCAUUUGCGCGGGUUGUACCUCUGCGUACUACCACGUCGGUGGGAAAUCUCCGUAUGCGGUGCGGCGCACCGUUCAGGGUUGCACUCUUUGCCGACCUUCACUUCGGCGAGGACGCGUGGACGGAGUGGGGCCCACAGCAGGAUAUCAGUUCCUUGAGGGUUAUGUCUGAUGUGCUGGACAGAGAGCAGCCAGAUUUUGUCAUUUAUCUUGGAGAUGUCAUCACUGCCAACAAUAUAAUGAUUAAAAAUGGAAGCUUAUUAUGGGAUCGAGCUUUGUCUCCCACACGAGACAGGAAAAUACCUUGGUCGAGUAUUUUCGGCAAUCACGAUGAUGCUCCAUUUGAGUGGCCAAUCGAGUGGUUUUCAGAAAGUGGAUUCCUCGAGUUCAUUGUCCUUCUUCAAACUCCUCCUUUACCGAUGGGAAAACCGAGGAAUGCAGCUUCAGAGGCACCACACGUUCGGAGUUGAUGACAAGCGAGAUUGAGCAGAACAGAUUGUUAUCUUACUCAAUGAUUGGCCCUCAAAAUCUAUGGCCUAGUGUUUCGAAUUAUGUCCUAAAACUUUCAUCGUCAAGUGAUGUUCAAGAACCGGUUGUUUACACGUACUUCUUCGACUCGGGAGGUGGGUCCUAUCCGGAGGUUAUAUCCGAUGCCCAAGUAAAGUGGUUUAAGCAGAAAUCUAAAGAAGUUAAUCCUGAAUCCAGGGUUCCUGAUAUAAUAUUUUGGCACAUUCUAAGCAAAACUUAUAAAAAAGUGGCUCCAAAGUUCAAUCGACAUGGGCGUUGUGUAGGCUCGAUUUUCUUGGAGGAUGUUGCUGCUCAAGAAGCUGAGAUGGGGAUUAUGAAAGUUCUCGAGAACAGGCCUUCUGUUAAGGCAUGAACUCGACAAAACUCAGUAAAUUGCUAAUUUUGAGUCUUUUGCAGAUGAUCUAACUAGUUCAAUAUUGUUUUCCUUUUGCAUAUAAAGCAAUGGACUGAGUAUAAGACUCUAAAGUUGGGUUAAAUUUCCGAAAUUGCACCUGAAAUUUGCUUGAUCACACAUUCAAGAAUGAAAGUAUGCGUAAUUGUUAAAAAGAGCCGAACCCCUUUAGUAAUUUCAACAUAUAUCUGUGGUUUUAUGAAAUUUGGCUAAACCUAUAAAAUUAUCUUUUACGAUUAUGAUCAAUC